UUGCAAGUUGUUGCUUGAUUGUAGCAAAUCAGAUGAAAAUAUUUUUCUUUUUAAGUAUUUGGUGAAGUAGGUUCCUGUUUUUUUGUUCGCGUCAGUGGUCACAGGUGGCGUUCCUUUGAUUUCAUUCACUAAACAGCUGAAUCGAUCGUCCACAACUGGUCCGAAAGUCAUACACCUAUUUCAAUGCAAGUUAAAGGAGGUAAUUUUGUGUUUUUGGAUCGGCUGUAUAUCAGAUUGACCUACAGACAGCUGUUUACGAUCUUUGCAAUAAUGGCCGACUUGUCUUGCCCUAGUCGUGUUUUAAAAAUGUUUCCAACGAAUUUAAAUUUCUCCCCGAUUUAAACGUGACAAAAAUCAAGUGUACCAUGACCGUAACAACAAGCAACAAUUGGUAUGACUGCCCAAAUAAAAAGACCCAAAAUAUAAACAAAAGUGUGAAUUUCGAUGUGAGUCACUAGAUCGAUUCAAAGGGAAAUCGGGGGUUGGUAUCGCCUGACAUAACCUUCAAAAAAAUUCAAAAAAAAUGGACGAUGAAGCGAAAAAAGAACGCACUUUCCCCACAUUGGAGUUAACCCCCACGGGGGCAACGUCCCCCGAGAUCCAAUCCCCCAAAACGCCAACUCUAUCACGCAAACUCAAAGCUGUAAGUCUCGAUUCGGAGCCCCCCAAGCAAUCGACAAGUCUUGAAGUGUCUCGAGAUGUGUUCUCAAUGCCCAACACCCCCAAAAGACAAGCCAAACACAAGCUGGAAUUCGACAACAAACCUGUAACCCUAACCCCAAAUUUUAGCUCAAAUUUGAAGAAAUUUGCAUCGAAUAAUAGCAUCUCAGGCUCACAAACACUCAAAACACUACCAGAAAUCAUGACAUUGCAGGACUUUUCUGAUGGUCGCACCAGCGAACCGGUGCGAGUCAAAACAAGGGGGCUGCUGGAGCGCCGGGGCUCUAAUGCCAGUCUUACCAUCGAUUUGGGCUCAAACUCGAGCAUUGCCGAAAAAACUACAACUUUUAUGCGACUCAAUUCGGCGAAAAGUGUCUCAAAUUUGAAUCUCUCGACGUUUGGCGAUAGGUGUGCAUGCGCAAAGUCGGAACGACGCAAAUCGCAGGAGGCUUGUGGUAAUUGCAUUAUUUACGAAUCAGUGCCCAGUAAAGCCAAUGGAUGCAAAACUAAUAAAUGUGGGGCUAUUGCCAAACGGUGCAACUGUCGACGGAAGUCACUCUCCAAUGAGAAUCUCUAUGUGCCCCCUUGUGGCUUUUGCCAAGGGGCCGCUACCAAGCAUUGCAAAGGCUAUCGCAAGGCCUACUAUCCAAGACAACCCGAUGUGGACUCGUCACAACUUCUAUCAGAAGAUUUCAAAAUGCAUCUUGAAAAUGUACAAUACCUUCAAACGGCCGGGAGCGUACUUUCCAUAACCGACUUGAAGAUGGCGUGUGAGGUAUCACGAGUGCCGAAACUGCACUCGGAAUUCUGGGAAGUCCCCUUAAAUUUGCAAGAAAAGUGUUACGUGUCGGGUAGUCAGAGUCGUAACCGGUAUAAGGGUGUAUUACCCAAUGAACACAGUCGGGUUCAUUUGCCCGGUCCGCAAAGUUACAUCCACGCCAACUAUAUCAAGGGCCCCGAUUACACUGAAACUGCAUAUAUCGCAACCCAGGGCCCGAUGGCUCACACUUGUCUCGAUUUUUGGGACAUGAUAUGGCACACAAACUGCGUUCGCAUCGUAAUGUUAACCGGUUUGGUUGAAAAGGGUCGGAGCAAGUGCGAACUGUAUUUUCCAUUGGGUAAGAAGGACCAAUCAGCGUCCAAAUCCUUCUAUUAUGUCACAACAAUCCGCGAACGCGACCAAACCGAAGAAGAAAUCUUCAAAUUUGAAGAACUGAAUCAAGUCGACUACGUUCCCUACUCCAUAAAAUAUAUCAAAAAAGAGAAUCUCGAUGAAUGUGUUAUCCGCCAUCUUGAAAUUAUCCAUACGAACAAAAACGAAUCGCGUACAAUUCGCCAUUAUUGGCUGCCAAAUUGGCAAGAUCACAAAAUGGCCAAUCCGGAGCAAUUGCUCAAGAUGGCAUUGCAUUUGCUCAACGACAAUAAAACCGAAACGGUUAAAACCGAAAAACCGAAAUUGAAACCGAUACGACGCGAACGUCGCCGAUCUAGUGACAGUGGACCGAAAGCUCCACCUGUUGUUGUACAUUGUAGCGCUGGGAUUGGUCGAACUGGUUGUUUUCUCGCCAUCUUGAACGGUAUUCAACAGUUGAAAACUAACUUAAAUGUUGACGUUUUGGCCAUUUUGUGCUCGCUGAGAUUGAAUCGAGGCGGCAUGGUACAAACAGCCGAACAAUACGAGUUGAUACAUCGCGUAUUGAAUUUGUAUGUUGACACAAUGUAAUAGUAAUCAAAAUUUCAGGACAAAAAAAUCCAUGAUGAUAAUCAUUUGUAUAGAAUGUAAAUGUGAUAAUUUUGUAGGAUUAAGCGAUAUAUUUUUUUUGUUGUUGUUCUGUUGCGUCAUAUUUAUUACGAUUUGUUUUUUAUAUAAAUAUUUAGGGAAAAUCAAUUUUAGCCGUUGGUAGUAUUCAUGUUCGCAAUAUACUUUUUUUAUAGGUUAAGUUCAUCUCAUCGCACAAUUGUGAUUGUCAGGUUGGCACUAUUGACUCAUUCGUUUCAUAUACCACCAGUGGUGCCAAUUUGAAUAUUCAAAAGAGUGAUUUUUUACCAACCAAACGAAACGAAAAAAGCAUUUUUUGAUGAAUAUCUCUCCCAAGUACAAAUUGAUUUAUCGGUGUUUUUCAAUUAUUUAAUUAGGAGUGUUAAUUAGACAAUUGAGGAAAAAGAAAACAACUCUAAACACCAAAUACCAGACUAAUUUGUAAAUUAAUGUGUCAAAAAUAAUAAUAAUAAUAAUGUAAGACUUAAAA